AUGAGGAGGAGCCGGUGGGAAACGCUUGCUCCAUUGGCCGAGUCCAUCCUCUUCUUCUUCUUCUUCUUCUUCUUCUUCUUCUUCUUCUUCUUCUUCUUCUUCCUCUUCUUCCUCGUCGCCGGAGCAGCCACCACGCCGGCGGCCCAGCAGAAUGAGAGCGCGUCGGACGCCGCGGCGCUGCUCGCCUUCAAGUCCCAGACCGCCGCCGCCGCCCUGUCUAGCUCGUGGAUCGUCGCCGGAGACGUUUGCCAGAACUGGACUGGCGUCACCUGCAGCCGCCGACGGCAGCGAGUCACCGGACUGUCCCUACCCCGCGCCUCCCUUGCCGGCGAGAUUUCACCCACCAUCGGCGACCUCUCCUUCCUCGUCUACCUCAACCUCUCCGGCAACCGCCUCGAAGGUCCCCUCCCCACUGCCGCCCUCGGCCGUCUCCGCCGCCUCCGCUACCUCGAUCUCUCCUCCAACUUUCUCUCCGGAGAGAUCCCCCCGUCCCUGGGGGGACUCCCCCGGCUCCGGCGAGUCCUCCUCGCAGAGAACAACCUCACCGGCGAGAUCCCCCCAUCCAUGGGGAACCUCACCCUCAUCCAGGUCCUCAGCCUCCGACAGAAUCAGAUCACCGGCGGCAUCCCCGACGAGCUCGGCGACUUCCCCGAUCUGCGGAGCCUCGACCUGGCGGAGAAUUUCCUCCUGGGUCCCAUUCCCGGUUCGAUCUUCCGCUCGAGUUCCCUGCGAGGGCUUCGUCUCUCCGGCAACCUCCUCUCCGGCGAGAUCCCCGGGGACCUCGCCCUCCCCAGCCUCCUCAACCUCGACCUCUCCGGGAACCAGCUAGCCGGAAGGAUCCCCUCCUCCGUCGGCGGGCUCUCCAACCUCGUCAGCCUCGACCUCUCCGGCAACCAUCUCACCGGCGAGAUCCCGCCGGAGCUAGGCAGCCUGAGCAGGCUCAACUACCUGGUUCUCGACAGGACCAACCUCACCGGGAGGAUCCCGCCGGCCCUGGGCAACCUCACGAACCUCCAGGUGCUCAGCAUCUUCACCGCGCAGAUCUCUGGCGAAGUCCCCGGCGAGCUCGGGAAGCUCGUCAACCUGCAGUACCUACUUUUGGGUAACAACCUGCUCACCGGAGAAUUCCCCCCCGCCGUCUACAACAUGUCGUCACUCGUCACCCUCGACCUCGGCCAGAACGGGCCUUUCUCGGGGCGCCUCCCCCCUGACUUUGGCCGCCGCCUGCCGCCGCCGCUGCAGAUGCUCUACAUCAACGUCAACAACUUCUCAGGCGAGAUCCCGGCGUCUCUAUCCAACGCCACCAGGAUCACCCACCUCGAGCUCUCCUACAACAGCUUCCAUGGCGGCGUCCCGCCGGAGCUGGGCCUCCUCGAGGAUCUUCAGCUCUUCACCGUGACGGACAACUACCUGCUCAGCGGGGAUCUCGGCUUCCUCGGGCCCCUCAGCCGCUGCCGCCGGCUGACAGACCUCAACCUCAGGUUCAACCAGUUCACCGGAAUCCUACCCGCGGCGGCCAUCGGCAACUUCACCAGCCUUGAGCGGUUCGUCGCGCAAGACAACCUCCUGGAGGGGCCCAUCCCCGCCACCUUCGGUAACCUCACCGCCAUGACGACGCUGGUGCUCAGCUACAACAUGCUCUCCGGUCCCAUCCCGCCGGCGGUGGCGGCGAUGCCGAGCUUGCAGCGCCUGUACCUAGAAGUCAACCGCCUGCAAGGUCCUCUCCCGGCGGACCUCGGCCUCGCCGGUGAGCUGGGCCUGCUGUACCUGCAGGUGAACGACGUCUCCGGGCCGAUACCCAGCUCCGUCGGGAACCUCACCGGACUGCAGAGGCUCAACAUGGCGGAGAACCGGCUGGAGAUGGAGAUACCGCUCGAGAUGUGGCGGCUCACCGAGCUCAACGAGCUCAACCUCUCCCACAACAGGUUCCAGGGCGCGCUGCCGGCGGCGAUCAAGAGCUUGGGGAUAGUCACCGACCUGGACCUCUCCAGCAACCUGCUCACCGGCGCCAUCCCCGACGCCGUCGGAGGGUUGCAGAUGCUGAAAUAUCUCAGCCUCGCCAGCAACAACUUCUCCGGCGAGAUCCCUCCCGCGAUCGGCUCCACCCUCAAUCUCCAGACGUUGGACCUCUCGUCGAACUCGCUCUCCGGCCGCGUCCCAGUGGCCAUGGCGGGGCUGACCCACCUCGAGAGCCUGAACCUCUCCUUUAACAACCUGGAAGGGCCGCUGCCGGCGGGAGGCCCCUUCGCCGCGGCGUCCCCGGGAAUCUCCGCCGAGUCCUUCGCCGGCAACCCCGCCCUCUGUGGCGCCGCCUGGUUCGACCUCCCCGCGACCUGCCCUACAGACCGCCGGCGCCACCACCGGCGCACCACCAUCGUCGUCGUCGCCGCCGUAGGUUCCCUCUCUCUACUGCUGCUCCUCCUCGUCAUCAUCUUCCUUCUCGUAUGGAGGAGGAAGACGAAAAAGAAGGAGAAGGCGGAGGAAGGAGACCAUGUGCCAAAGGGGGGGCACCCUAUGAUCUCCCGCCACGAGCUCAUGCUCGCCACCGGCGGGUUCAGCGAGGAGAACCUCCUGGGUUCCGGCGGCUUCGGGAGGGUCUACCGGGGGGCGCUCGCCGACGGCACGCCGGUGGCGGUCAAGGUCUUCGACCUGCUCAAGAUGGGUGAACCGGCGUGGCGAAGCUUCGACGCAGAGUGCAAGGUGAUGCGCUCAGUGCGCCACCGGAACCUCGUCAGCGUCAUCACCACCUGCUCCAACCUCGACUUCAGGGCCAUCGUCCUCCCGCUAAUGCCCAACGGCAGCCUCGAGAGUUGGCUUCACGGCGACCUCGACGGCGGCGCCCAUGUUGGACUCCGGCUGAGCUUCUGGCGGAGGGUGGCGGUGGCCGCCGACGUGGCGGCGGCGCUGGAGUACCUUCACCACGGGUGCUCGCCGGCUGUGGUGCAUUGCGACCUCAAGCCCAGCAACGUGCUCCUCGACGCGGACAUGGACGCCCACCUCGGCGACUUCGGCAUCGCCAAGGUCGCCGCCGAGCACGCCACCUCAGCCACCCUCACCAGCGCCGCCGCCCCCGGCACUUUCGGCUACAUGGCCCCAGGCAUGUCCUCCUCUUCCUCCCCAAAAACCCUGGAAGAAGAAGAAGAAGAUGAUGAUGACGUCGUCGUCGUCUUCUUUUCUGUCUAAAACUGUGUUGCAGAAUACGGGACGGCGGCGAGGGUGACAACCAGGGGGGACGUGUACAGCUACGGGAUCCUCCUGUUGGAGAUGUUCACCGGCGUGAGACCCACCGACGGGCGCUUCGCCGGCGGCGGCUGGAACCUCCGCCGAUGGGUGGCGGCGGCGUUCCCCGACAGCCUCGCCGACGUUGUGGAUCCCCGCCUGCUGGAAGAGGACGACCCGGAGGAAACGAGCAGCGUCGACGGCGGCGGCAGCAGCAGAAGCUACGGGAGCGACCGGCGAGAAGUCGACCGUUGGGACGGCGACCCCACGGAGGAAGUACUGUGGCGCCGCCGCGAUUGCCUGGUGGCGGCGAUCGAGCUGGGGCUGAGAUGUUCGUCGGAGUCCCUGAAAGAGCGACCGGACAUGGUGGAGGUGGCGGCAAGGAUGAAGAAGCUCCGCCGCGACCUGCUCUCAUCCUCUUCUUGA